AUGAACAACGAGAAAUGUGUGAUUAAAGUCCUAAAACCGGUAAAAAAGAAAAAGAUCAAGCGAGAGAUUAAAAUUUUACAAAAUUUGGCUGGUGGACCAAACAUCAUUUCACUUUUGGAUGUCGUGAGAGAUCCUCAGUCCAAGACACCAUCUCUUGUUUUCGAAUAUGUAAAUAAUACGGACUUCAAAGUGUUGUAUCCAAAAUUUACUGAUUAUGAUGUUCGCUUCUAUAUAUUUGAACUUCUGAAGGCGUUAGAUUAUUGUCAUUCGAAAGGUAUUAUGCAUAGAGAUGUGAAACCACACAAUGUAAUGAUCGAUCAUGAAAGGCGUAAGUUGAGACUUAUAGAUUGGGGUUUAGCAGAAUUUUAUCACCCAGGAACCGAAUAUAAUGUACGCGUUGCGUCUAGAUAUUUUAAAGGACCAGAAUUGUUAGUUGAUUUUCAAGAAUAUGAUUAUUCCCUUGAUAUGUGGAGCUUAGGCUGCAUGUUUGCUAGUAUGCCUUUUUUCCAUGGGCAUGAUAAUUAUGAUCAAUUGGUAAAAAUUGCUAGAGUACUUGGCACAGACGAACUUUUUGCAUACCUUGAUAAGUAUGACAUAGAAUUGGAUACCCAAUAUGAUGAUAUUUUGGGAAGGUAUCCACGGAAGCAAUGGAAUAAAUUUAUCACAAGCGAAAAUCAAAAAUUUGUUUCCAAGGAAGCCAUCGAUUUUCUUGACAGAUUGUUGCGAUACGAUCAUCAGGAACGACUGACACCCCAGGAAGCCAUGGAACACCCUUAUUUUGAACCGGUAAAACAAGUCGAUGGUAAUG